GAAUUUCCGUCCUCCUCCGCUCCUGCCAUCCGCACCCUGUGGGUCCAAGACUAGCAAGUGAUCCAGUCUUGCUAUCUUCGACAUUGCCCGAAGAAUCCGGCUUGAUUAAACGACAUGGCGUCGUCUGAGGCUGGCCCGGUCAAACAAAAACUAUCUAUCUAUCCUGCUGCCGAAGAAGAGAUACUACUCCUCAACACUCCUUCCGACCUCGAGCUCAAAAUUGGCGAGACCAGGAGAGCGGUUGCGGGAACACUGCGCGAGGCGCACUCGAGUGUGCAAGGGCUAGCCAGUCAAUGGAUUGGGAUUGAAGGACAAGUCGAGGCUCGGCUGAAAUCUCUGCACGCUCCCAAUGAAACUCUCACUCCCGGCGCGCUCUACGCCGCCACUGCCCUUCUCGCGGGCACCAUCCUCACGCGGCACCGCGCAUUCCCCCUGCGCUUCCUGACCCCACCGAUCUUCGGUGCCGUGGCCUUCGCGCACUUCCUCCCCCAGACGUCAGCCAACAUCCGCGCGUACGCUUCCGACCUAGAGGACGCGCACAUGCCGGAGGUGGCGCGCUUCCACGAGACGGGCAAAUCGCAUGCGAUGAUGGGGUGGGAGAGGCUCAAGGAGGGCUCGCUGAAGGGGAAGGACAAGGCGGGCGAGAGCGUGCUCGGUGCCCUGGAGAAGCUCCAGGAGCUCACGGGUCUGAAGGUGACUGAAGCAUUGGGUGUCGUGAGGGAGAUGGAGAAGAAAGCCGAGGGUGUGGUUGAGGAAGUCGUUGGUGAUGUGUUGGAAAAGAAGGAGAGCGUGCAAGAGAAGGUCGAUGAGAAGGUGCAGGAAAAACUUGUUUAGAUUCAGGUUCUCUGAAAUACAGGAAAUACCGCUUUACUGCACCUCUCCAGCUUGGAAUCAAGGUGCCUGUCACUCCAAGCCGAGGCGCCAGAGCUCCGUAUUUUACCAUCUCCGUUUCCAGCUCACCAGGCGAUUCGAAUCGACAUUUGCGCACGAGAACCAGUCGCUGCAUCUUGGAGCUGCCUAAAGCAAACUAUGCGCCGAUGCAUGCUCUGAAUGAAUGCGGAACUUUCGUCCCGAGUGCAUCGGAGCAGAACCAGGUGCCUAGACACGCGACGGACGUUGAAAUAUGCGAAUAUGCUCGGGAGUGAAUUCAUUUGAUUUCCAUGGCUUGACGCCAUCCUUUAACCAACAAGUAUAUUCAAUCUCCUUGACCUCUGGUCCCCCAGGAUUCUCCAGACUGAUUAAUACAGCGGAUGGGAGUGAAGAGCUGAUGGAAGCUGCUUUUCCAGUACAUUGUCGGGACUUUGUACUAGCGACAGACCUAAAAGUUCUUUUCGCAUUGCCCAUUCCACAGGAACAGAGAUGUUUUCCUUCUUGUGCGCGCAAGACAGUGGGCAUAGGCAACACGUUACACCUCAAUUACUGUAGCGGUGCUACUCCCACCCAUGCCAAUAAGACAUGGUGCGUAACGGGUGAUGAAGCAUGGCUCGACGAUCUGGGAGCCGUAUACAAAGCCUGCACGGAUAAGGUUGCUAGUACCAUUCCUUCACAGCGACACAUCGUCUGACGUGGUCCAUGCGGAUAGCACGGCAAGUUUUGUCUAUUUUCGGCGGUGAUGGCGAAAGGCAAGAGGCUGGGGACGACGACGACUCUGAGGCUGCCGAGCCAUCGAAGUAGACCGCCCGCACGCAGUAGAAAUUUGAAUGUAACGUGUUGAUCUAUCGAAAGCUGUUAUCUUCCCUGCUUUGAGUGCCUCACUAUCCCAACGAUCUGCAGAAACGAGUGGGCUUUAUUUCUUCUCAUUACGUCCUACGACAAC